GCUGUUGUUAGGGUGCUUUAAUGUUUCAUGUCUAAAUUUGUUCUAUUCGCCACUUUUGCUGAGAAGGACUGAGGGUUGCUUUCAUGGCAUUGAUUACUGCUCAUUUCCCUUCUUUGCUGGGGUGAUUAGUUGACAUCCUUGCAAUUUAUUACCCUCACUCAAUUUAUUACUCUAAUAACGACCUCUCAUCCGUCUUUUUGCUGUUUUCUUGGUUUAGAUACUCCCUUCUAAUUUCACUCUCCCUUUUUUUUCUCUCGGUAAAUGCAGUGAAUUUAUUCUCCCUUGCCCCAAAAUUGAGUUCAUUCCUUUUGUGGGUUUUUCUAAGCCCUGGAAGAUUCUUAUCAGAAAGUGAUAGGGACUGUCUUUACAAUAAUUCCUCAUUGUUUGUUUGUUUGUCACCUUUAACCUGUCCUGUUUUGUAUUUCAUUCUCCCAUUCUUCUCAGCAACCAAAUUCCUGUUUUCGUAUUUUUCUUUCCCUUUUUAUUUCUGUUGUUGCAUUGUUUCGUGGAGAAAUAACUCUUGGAAAAUUGUUUGUUCAUACUCGGGCAGGUUGACCAAAUUAUUUGGUGAAUCCACAAACGCCAAGAGAAAUAAAGUGGUAUUCCAUGACUUUCCAGGAGGGGCAGAGAAUUUUGAGCUUAUGUCAAGGUUUUGUUACAACAAGGGAAAAAUUGACGUAAAUCCUUCAAACAUUUUAUUUUUAUAUUCUGCUGCCCAAUUCAUGGAGAUGAACAAUUCUGUAUCAGGAACCUGUAAUCUAUUAGAAAAAACCAAGAAAUCCUUUGAAGAGAUCAGCUAUUGGACAUGGCCUGAUCUUUUGGUUGCUUUGAAGCAUUGCCAAGAUUUACAGCCGAUUGCAACUCCCUCAGGUUUACUUGAAAAAUGCUUGGAUUCACUUGUUGGGAGGUUGGCCAUAACCAGUGAAGCAAGUCCUUGUGCAUCUACUUCUUCUCCAGAUAGCUCAGGGUUUCGGCUUUCCUGUGAUAGUAGAAGCACUGAGAGUUUGAAAAACAGCUUCUCUCGAGCAAAUUGGUGGUUUGAAGACCUUUUAGUUUUGAGUCCCGAUUUGAUUGGAACGUUGAUAGAAUUGAUGGUCUCUCGAAAGCACAAUCAUGUAAUGAUUAGUCGAUUCCUCUUUCAUUACCAGAAGUCAAAGUUUUAUACUGCCUCAUCUGAUGAGAAAUGUAAAGUUUUAGAAAUUGUGAUUGAUAUGCUUUACACUCUUGAUCCAAUUUCUAUUUCAUGCAAGAGUUUGUUCGGGAUUCUUCGAGUGGUGCUGAGUUUGAAGAUAAGCAAAAGUUGCAGGAGCAAGUUGGAGAGUAUGAUAGGUUCUCAGAUGGACCAAGCAACGUUAGAUAAUCUGCUAAUUCCUUCUCCCUGUGGCUCAACUUAUUUAUAUGAUGUGAACCUUGUUCUUAGGUUCCUGAAAGCAUUUCGGCAUGGAGGAGGCUGGCAAUUAUCUCCAAUGCGAAUGAAGAAGGUUGCUAGCUUGAUAGAUCUGUAUAUAGCAGAAGUAGCUCCGGAUCCUUGUCUAAAAUCGUCAAAGUUUCUAGCCUUGCUGGUGGCCCUGCCGGAUUCUGCCAGGGACUCUUGGGAUGAAUUAUACCACGCCAUGGACAUUUACCUGGAGGUGCAUGCAGGGUUGUCUGAAGACGAAAAAAUGAAAAUAUGUUGUGCACUGAACUAUGAGAAGCUCUCUACAGAGGCUUGCAUACACCUUUCUCAGAAUGCAAAAUUUCCAUCAAAAAGUACAGUGCAAGCUCUCAUCUCCCAGCAAUUGAAGCUUAAGAACUUACUACAGGGCACUAAUAAUACUAAGCUUUACACAGAUUCCCCCUGUACUUUCAACGACAUCCAAGCCAAGGCUAAGAAAGAUGAAGCCACUAAACAAGUUGUUCUCUACUCUGGGAGACUAGACAUAUCAGCUGACAACGAGAUGCUCAGAGCACAUUUACAACGGAUGCAAUGGAGGGUGGUGGAGUUGGAGAAAGUCUGCAAGAAAAUGCAGACCCAGAUGGGCAAAAUCAUGAAAUCUAAAGUAUCAAGCCGUAGUGCUGCAAGACCCCUGCCUAGGCUCUGUUCAUGAAAGAAAUUUUGCAUAAUAUUUGUAUCUGUUAAUUAUUUCCUUGUCUAUGUAUAGCAUUGAGAUAUCAUUUUUCUAUAUAUAUAUAUAUAUAUAUAUAUAUAUAUUUUCUUUCUUUUCUGCAUAUUCUGAGGUGACUAAGAAUGUUUUCUUUGCUAGAGAAUGGGAUCUUGGUUUGUGCAGUUACAGAAAAGAGAAAAAACUUUUUUGUGUGCUCUUUCAUGAAUAGUA